AGCCCAGCCUAGGCAUAGCCCGUUUCCAAUUCUUCUGCUUCAAGGGUCUAUUAUAUUCAUUAACGUCAUGGAUAGGCCUAUUGUUGACCUAUUUAACUAGUCUAUAGACAAAUACGAGAACGAGGCUAUUAUCGGUUAAUGUCCCACAAAAAGAGUAAGUAACUUUGACGUUAACUUCAAAAUUCGCAAAUAGCGCUGAACAAGGAAGUAAAAACGAAAGACCAUCAAAAUAAUGCCAGACGAAGAAACAAUUAUCAGGGGGAGGACACUGACUGUCUGAUAUCAUGGAUCAGACUCCUCAGUCUCUCGCUCCAGCCCAGCAUUCUGGUCCUUCGUCCUCCAUUACGUCUCAACCUGCUCAUCCACCGUCCUCCAUCAUGGCUCAACCUGCCCAUCCACCGUCCUCCAUUAUGGCUCAACCUGCCCAUCCUCAGACCUCCAUUAUGGCUCAGGGUGGUUCUGUUGUCGCUGCACCCCAGCUUGUUGGCUGCAUUGUUGCAGGUUCAGUUUCUCAACACAUCAAUAUUACUAUGCCUUCACAUGGUGCUGAUGAAGAUCUGCCAAAAGUCAAGGACAAACACAAGUCCAACAUGAAGAAGAAGUUUGGGAGCAUCUUCGAGGGGCUUGGAAAACGGGGAAACCCAACAUUGCUUGACAAGAUCUACACAGAGCUCUACAUCACAGCUGGGGAGAGUGAAGGGGUUAAUAAAGAGCAUGAGGUAUGGCAGAUUGAAGAUACGGCUCGGACCAAAGCAUUUCAAGACGAUGCAAUCAACUGCAAUGACAUCUUUAGAUCUUUAGAACCGAAGACAGAGGAACAUAAUGACAAAUCCCAAUCCAAACAAGAGGUAGCCAUCAGAACUGUGCUGACAAAUGGCAUCGCUGGCAUCGGAAAAACAGUCUCAGUGCAGAAGUUCAUCCUUGACUGGGCAGAAGGAAUAGCCAAUCAGGAUGUAGAUUUUGUCUUCGCACUUCCAUUUAGGGACUUGAAUUUGAUCAAAGAUGACUGCAAUCUCUUGAAACUCCUGAGUGACUUCCACCCUGAACUAACAGACAUGAAGGAUGCAAAGAAGGUGGUCGACGGUAAAGUUGUAUUCAUCUUUGAUGGCCUCGAUGAAAGCCAACUUCCACUGGGUUUCCAUAACAACAAGAGGUUGUCUAAUGUAACCGAGACAACAUCAGUGGACGUGCUGCUGACAAACCUCAUCAAGGGGAAUAUGCUUCCUGAAGCUCUCCUCUGGAUAACCUCCCGACCAGCAGCAGUUGAUAAGAUACCCUCUGACUGUUUUGACCGUGUCACUGAAGUUCGAGGAUUCAACGACCCACAGAAAGAAGAAUACUUCAGGAAGAGAUUCAAGGAUGAUGAGAACCUGGCCAACAAAAUCAUCUCACACAUAAAGACAUCAAGAAGCCUCCACAUCAUGUGCCACAUACCGGUCUUCUGUUGGAUUACUGCCAUGGUUCUUGGGAAAAUGUUGAGCGAAAAUGACCAUGGAAAACUCCCUAAAACUUUGACUGAGAUGUACAUUCGCUUCCUACUCACUCUGACAAACAUGAAGAACAAGAAGUACCAUGGGGAAAACCAACCAGAUCCUCGUCAUCUGUCAGAGUCUGACGUACAGAUCAUUCUGAAACUUGGAAAACUAGCCUUCCAAAAUCUGGCAAAGAGCAAUUUGGUGUUUUCUGAAGACUAUUUGAUGGAGUGUGGCAUUGAUGUCAAUGAAGCCUUCUUGCUCUCAGGGAUGUGCACAGAGAUCUUCAGAGAGGAGGAUCCAAUGUUUCAAGCAAAGAUGUACAGCUUUGUGCAUCUCACCAUUCAAGAGUUCUUCGCUGCACUCUAUGUUGCUUACUCAUAUGCCAGUGAAAAUGUCAACCCAUUGAGUUUAAGAGACUACCAAGAGUUACCAAGAACAAAUGACAGUGAUUCUGGAGACAGGGAUGAUGGCUACAGCGAGGAUGAAGACUACAGGCCACAACCCAGAGGAUCUCAGCAGCAGCAGAAAACAUUACAUGACUUGCAGAGGAGAGCAGUGGAUGAAUCUUUGAACAGCGAGACCGGUCACCUAGACCUCUUCCUCCGCUUCCUUCUGGGCAUCUCACUGGAGUCCAAUCAGAUACUCUUGAAAAGCCUAAAGCUCCAGACAAAGGGAGACACAGAGAGCAUCCAGAAGACGAUCCAGUACAUCAAAGAUAGACUUUCAGAUGAAAAACAAAGACAAUAUCCCUCCCCAGAGAGGUGCAUCAAUCUCUUCCACUGUUUGAUCGAGUUGAACGAUACCUCAUUUAUGAAUGACAUUCAAAGGUUCUUGACAUCCAAGAUCCCUGCUGAGAAGAAGCUGACGCCUGCACAGUGCUCGGCGAUGGCAUACGUACUCUUGAUGUCAGAGGAAGUGUUGGACAAACUGGACCUGAGAGAGUACAGCACGUCAGAUGAGGGGCGUAGGAGGCUGGUCCCAGCUGUUCGAUGCUGCCGAAAGGCUAUGUGA